GCAUUGCCCUUGGUAGCUUGCGUUGUCUGUUGUGAACUUAAUAACACCCAAGGGUGCCUACACCUCCUCUCUUUAGGUAUGGAAAAGGGACCGACUCCUGGGCUUUGGUCUGCGCUCCUCAUACUUGCCAUGCUGUCCGGAAUAGGGAGCUGGGUCGUUCCGGACUUCUGCCGCACGUCCUACGAAUGCCCCGAAUAUACACUGCUCAACCAGAAUGCUGACUUUGAGGAGCGCCUGUAUGUGGAGACGCUGUGGAUGACGGCCAAGGUCAGGAGCACCAGUAACACUGAUCUGUCCGAGGGCUUCUGGAAACUGGAUAAGUUUCGAAAAGGGAAUAACGUCCAAGGUCGAACGGUGCCCUGUAAGACCUGGCCUGCUAUCAUCACCGUCCGUCAGGGAGAAGAUUACGGCAGCGAGCCGGAGGUGUCCGUCUCGUGGUUUUUUGUCCCGGGCACGCAGCUGCCUUUGCCCCUCGACACAUCCAUCUCAAUGGAAGUGAGACCCGCUGGAAAAGUCUACGUUAGGAUCUUCAGUGGUACAGCGAGCCAAAGCAAGGCCCUGGCCACCGCGGUGGAGCUGGGAGAGAUGUUGACCCUGGCUGGGAAGACCUUCGAGGCCCACAGAUACACAGGGGCCUUCUACGACAGCCCCUGGGACAUACUGCGUGUGCACCACAAUGAGAUCUGGAUCAACGCAGCUUAGCAUGAACAGUGAUCCUAAUCUUGUAUAUCUAUAUAUAUCUGAUGUGUAUCUGAAUGCAAUACGUAUGACAUCACCAAUAACUGUGUUACUUUGAAAGUGAUUUUUAAUUAAAAGUGAGUGAAUGAGUGCGUUCUUAAUUUGAGAUUUAUUACAUUAUUCAAGGGAUAUGUAAUGUGGCUGCCAAUAAAAAAAAUACACCUAAUGUAAACGGAUGCCAUUUUUUGUAUCAACCCAUGGGUAAUUCUCCGUGUUUAAUGUAACCAGUGAAGCAAGGUGUUCCCUGUGUCGCGUCAUGCUAUGUUAACAGUGUGAUGCCGGGAGCUUGACGCUAGAUGUCACUAGCGGCUCUUUAUAGUCACAUUUGUAUUACUGGUGCGCUCUCAAUGCUUCCCCUGCUGAGACCUAAACCAGUCCUAAACAAAACAAUCCCAUCCGGGCUUUUUACAAGGACCAUGUUAAAAGGAAUAUUUUAGUCAUCACAAAUUUGCAUUUUGUAUUGCCUGACUACAGUGAAAAAUGAAGGAAAGAUUAUUAAAC